AUGAAGUAUCGCGGCGUCGUUUAUGAUGUCGGACUGAGGUUCGGAGACCAGGGAUUUUCGGUCGAACCCUUCGACCCAAUCCUAGUAAAAUACGACAUGCGCGUCAUCGCCAACGACAUGCACGCCAAUGCUAUGAAUGAAGGUGUCGAUGGGACGCGCGCCUAUUUUGAGGACGCCGCGGAGCUGGCCGAACAACUACGAAACGAAGGCGUCGAUAUCAUUUUUGUUGCUGGCUGCGAGUACACGAUCUUCAGCAAAGGGAUCUUUCCUGGCGAAUCUUUCCUUGAGCGUGCAAUGUGGCUCGGCGCUCAGUUUACUGGCGGCCAUAUGACGAGAGAUAUCCCCCAGGUCUUACGCGAUAAAUCUGUGGAACUAAAUAAAGUCCUGCGGUCUUUUGCUAGAGUUAUUCGCACCAAAUUUGGUGGACUGCUGACAUAUUCGGCCGGCACCUGGGAACUGGUAGACUGGGACAUUUUCGACAUCGUUGGUAUCGACUAUUAUCGCCGAGGAGAGACUGAAGAGGAAUAUGUUGCUGGUCUCGAGCGUCACAGGUUCGGCAAGCCUCUUGCCGUUAUGGAAGUUGGUUGCUGCGCUUAUGAAGGAGCUGCUGACCGCGGCGACGGCGGAUUCAUGCUUCUGAAGAGCACGAAUCCAGAUGGAAGCGGCGUUUUCGAAGGUGGCGUGGUCCCGACUCGGAGCGAGCGGGAGCAGGCCGAUUAUCUCGGCACACAACUCAAUCUCCUUGCUGCUGCGGACGUUCAUGCGGUCUUCGUCUAUGUGUUUUCAUUCCCGUGCAUGCGGAGGGGGAAGGACCAAGGGACCUUGACAUGA